AAGAUAUAGCCAAAAGAAUAAAAGAAGAUUUCUACAUGGACGAUUUACUUACAGGAGCGAAUUCAAAACUAGAAUGUAUGGAAGUACAAGAGAAUAUAGCUCAACAACUGGAAAUGUAUGGGUUCCAUUUAAGAAAAUGGAUAGCAAAUUCUUCGGAUAUAUUGAGAGCUGUAAAUCGGGCUGAAGAAAAUGAAGUAUUGCAAAUUCAAGAAGAUAACUGCUUGAAAACGCUAGGAUUGCAAUGGAGUCCACUGAUGGAUUGCUUUACAUUCAGUAUGGAAGUAAAACAGGAAGACAAGGUGACCAAACGAAUGGCGUUAUCAAGUCUAGCGAAAAUAUUUGAUCCACUGGGUUGGCUGACACCAGUAACCAUAACAGCAAAACUAUUUAUUCAGCAGUUAUGGAUCCAGCAAUUAGAUUGGGAUAUACCGUUGAAUGGAAAAUUGAGUGAUGACUGGAAGAAAUUUGCGUAUAGUCUCCACGUAAUUAAGAACGUGAAGAUACCAAGAUGGUUUCAAAUAGCACCAGUCAGUGGAGUAGAGCUACACGGGUUUGCUGAUGCGUCCGAAAAGGCAUAUGCGGCAGUAGUUUAUCUAAAAGUGGAUUCUCAAAUUGCAAUCGUGGCUGCGAAGAGCAAAGUUAAUCCUAUUAAAAAUACCAAGACCCUCCCAAAAUUGGAACUAAGUGCUGCCCACCUCUUGGCGAAACUGCUACAAAAAAUAAAAAAAGUAUUAUCAUCAGCGGCGGCAAUUUAUGCUUGGAGUGAUUCCAUGAUUACGUUGGCAUGGAUAAACAACCCAAAAAAUAAAGAUAAAUUUAUUAGAAACAGAGUAGUGGAAAUUAUGGAACGAAUCCCUAAAGCGAAAUGGGCUUACGUUAGAUCAAAAGAAAAUCCAGCUGACUUAGGCUCCAGAGGCGUUGCUCCUGAGAUUUUGGCCAACUGUCAAUUAUGGUGGAAAGGGCCGGAAUGGCUGAUAAAAAAUGAAAAUGAAUGGCCCAAGUUAAAUCCGUCAGUAGUGGCAGCAACGACAAAAAUUGCGGCAGUAGAAAAAAGCGUCUAUGAGCAACUUAUGAAGUUGUCAUCAUUUAAAAAGCAGUUACGAGUCAUGGCUUAUAUUCUACGAUUUAUUAAAAAACUGAGAGGAAAUAAGGUAAAAGGUGAGCACUUAACUGCGGAAGAAAUAGAAGAGGCCGAAAUUGCUUUAAUCAAAAUGCACCAAGAAAUUGAAUGGCCGGCGGAAAUUAGUCAGCUAAAAACUUCAGGAGCAAUAAAUCAUCGAAGCAAUAUAGCAUCAUUGCAUCCGCAGCUCGACGAAUAUGGGGUUAUGCGAGUAGGAGGAAGACUGGGUUGGUCAGAGCUAACCUAUAACGAAAAGCAUCCAAUACUGAUUCAAAAAUCACGAUUAGCUGCGAAUAUUAUAAGGAGAGCUCAUAUGGAAACAUUGCAUGGAGGAAAUCGGCUGAUGGAAAAUGUUUUAAGGCGCAAAUAUUGGAUAAUCGGAGCCAAAAAUAGAAUAAAACUCUGCGUCAGGUGCUGUCCACGAUGUACGCGCUAUAGGGGAGAAGUACGAAAUCAGUUAAUGGGAAAUCUACCAAGGAGUAGAGUGAAUAUAAGUCAACCCUUUCAACAUUGCGGAAUAGACUACGCGGGUCCGUUUCAAAUACGAUGUUCGAAAACGAGAGGAACCAAGUCUAUGAAGGGUUACGUAGCAGUAUUUGUGUGCAUGGUGACGAAAGCGGUGCAUUUAGAGGCAGUUAGCGAGCUUACGGCAGAAGCAUUUUUAGCAGCGCUGAGAAGAUUCAUCGCAAGGAGAGGAAAAUCAACCGAUUUAUAUUCCGACAACGGAACGAACUUUGUCGGGGCAUCAAGGCAGCUAGAUAAAGAUUAUAUAGAGGCGAUAAAAAGCAACAAUACGUUAGCGCCAAUUCUGGAGAAUGAACAAAUAAAAUGGCAUUUUAUCCCCCCGGCAGCUCCUCACUUCGGAGGAAUUUGGGAAGCUGCAGUUAAGUCAAUGAAAUACCAUCUUAAAAGAAUCAUUGGCGAGAUAAAAUUAACGUAUGAAGAGAUAAGCACGGUUCUAGCUCAAAUUGAAGCAGUUUUAAACUCAAGGCCGUUGCAUGAUCUUGGAAGCGGCACAGACUAUAUCGACACCUUAACGCCAGGGCAUUUCAUAGUUGGACGCCCGUUAUUAGAAGCUCCGGCGAAGAUCGAUGAAGGAAGUUUAGCAUGUGUGAGCAGGUGGAAACUGCUGCUACGAAUAAAAAACCACUUUUGGAGAAAGUGGAAAGAAGAAUAUUUGACUACUUUGCAAAAUCGCCCAAAAUGGAGAAAAGAAGAUCGCAAUCUGGAAGUGGGACAGAUCGUGCUGAUCAGAAAUGAAGAGACUCACCCAGCUCGUUGGCCAUUGGCGAGAGUGACUGAGGUACAACCGGGCAAAGAUGGAAUAGUGAGAGUAGUUACGUUGAAAACACAAAAUGGAGAAAUAAAAAGACCAGUACAUAAAUUAUGUCCAUUAGAGCACGAAGAUGAGAGACCUGAAGAGGAGAAGGUAGAAGAUACGCUGAAAAAGGAGGUCGAAGUGAACUCAACAAAGAAGUUACCAAGAUUAACAGCAAAUUCCUUUAUGAUAUGGACUAUGAUGAUAAAUCUUUGUCUGAUUAUGACGACUAAGGCCUCAUCAGUAAAAGAAUUAAAUAGUUCGACGGCAAUAUAUCUUGAUCCAAUCUCUCAAAUCCACAUGGCCUCGUCUUCAUGGAACAUGGUUGUAUAUUUUGAAAUGAAAACGUACUUAGAAACACUGGAUCUUGCAUCCACAUUGCUCAACGCCUCUAAAGAAAUAUGUCCAAGGCUCCAAACAUUUGAAGACCAGUGCUGGUCGGUAAUAAACAAUAUGGAAUAUAAAGUAAACAAAAUCAAGGCGAAUAAUCGGCUUUUCAUGAGGGAUGAUAAACGGCAAAGAAGAGGAGCCCCAUUGAAGUUCAUAGGGUCUUUUCAACAUUGGGCAUUUGGUGUGAUGGACGACGAUGAUCGUGUGGCGAUGGAAAAUAAUAUGAGAAAUCUGUUAGCCAACCAGUACGACUUAAAAGAAUUGUCAAAAAAGCAGACAUCGAUAGUUGAUUCCACGGUCAAUCUGCUAAAAAGAACAACGGAGGAAGUCAAUUCGCACUUUGUGGAGAUAAAGUGCAAAAUUGAUAACAUAACCGCCACCAUGAACGAAACUUACUUCGUUUAUAGAGAAUCUAUUCGUUUCUUUAUUAUAACUAAAGAAAUCCAUGAAUACAUAGACGAAUGUGACGAUGUGCUAAAGGAAGUCAUUAACCUGUUACUGGACAUUAAUAAUGGUCAUAUACACCCUGUGCUCAUCAGUCCGGAGAAAUUGCAGUCGGAAAUAUUUAAAAUUCGAAAUGAGCUACCCACGAAAUAUGUUUUACCCGGAAAAUCUUCUGGUACAGAACUUAAGGAGGUUUUACAUUUGAUGAGGGGACGUGGAAUGUACAUCGGCACACAAUUGGUGAUCGACUUGAAGAUACCUCUUUUCAACAGACAGUCGUCGCAGUUCUAUAGAGUAAUCCCGAUUCCAUUUGAACAUGACGGUGCGGUAUUGAUAGCAAGGAUAAGGUCGCCAUACAUCGUGUACAAUUUUGAAUUGGAUUCGUUCCACUAUCUGACACAAGUCAUGUUGAACGAAUGUAAAAACACAUUGGGAGAUGAAAUUGUAUGCGAAGAAAAUUUUCCCUGGCGAGAUGCGUCGACCAACAAUUGCGAACUGUCACCCCUGAGGCCGCGCAUCGAGAUAAACUGCACGUACGAUGAAGUUGAAAACAGUCCCUAUUGGAUACAGCUGAGGCAAAAGGGAAAUUGGCUUUUUAAGACGUUUAAGAAUGCAACGGCUCAUAUUAAGUGUUCCGAAAAGCAGCAAUCCAUCAUAGAACUUCCACAACAAGGACGUCAGUGAAGCCGACAAAGAAGCCAUAAAACCCCUUGGAAACGUAUUGGUGAAACAUCACAAUGAGAUCAGCCAGCUAAAGACGCUCGUGGACGAUUUGAAGAAGCAGAAACUAAAUUUAAGAGGUUUAGAAUUUCA